AUGAAGACGUCAUAUCUUUUUGCAUGUACAGGUUCACGUCUUUCCUCGAGUGGCUGCGUGUCUCCUGCUCUUGGUGGCCGCGCAGUGCUUCCAAAUCACCUCUACCCCUACUUCUACCUCUGCUUCUACCUCUACCUUUGCUUCUACUUCUACCGCUGCUUCUACCUCUACCUCUUCCUCCACCACGACCACCGACCCUCCCACCCUCCUCCACCGGGACCCUUCCAAAACAUCCACCUACGACCACCGACCCUUCCACCAACCUCCACCAACGACCAACCGACCCUUCCACCACCAACCACGACCCUUCCAUCGGCGACCCUUCCACCACCCCUCCAGACCACGACCACCGACCCUUCCACCACCUCCACCACGACCACCGACCCUUCCACCACCUCCACCACGAUCACUGACCCUUCCAAAACAUCCACCACGACCACCGACCCUUCCACCACCCCACCGACCCUUCCCCACCUCUACCCACCCGACGACCACCACCCCUUCCGAAACAUCGCACCAACUGAUCGGAAACCACCGGGACCCUUCUACCGACUCCACCAUACCACCGACCCUUCCGAAACAUCCACCAACGGACGCACCGACCCUCCACCACCUCCCCACGAAACCACUGGGACGACCACCGACCCUUCCACCACGACCACCGACCCUUCCACUACCUCCACCACGACCACCGACCCUUCCACCGCCUCCACCACGACCACUGACCUAUCCAGCACCUCCACCACGACCACUGACCCUCCUACCACUUCUACCAUGUCCAGUGACCCUUCUACCACAUCUGCAACCACCUCUCCUUCUUCUACCACAUCUGCAACCACCUCUUCUCUUUCUACCACAUCUGCAACCACCUCUCCUCCCUCUACCACAUCUGCAACCACCUCUUCUCUUUCUACCACACCUCCAACUGCUGACCCUCCUACCAUACCUACCACAAUAUCUGCCCCUUCUGCCUCGACCAUGGAUGAAUCCCCCAUUAUAGCUACUAUGGGCUCUACCACAGCCACAUCCACAUCAGCCCAUGGUUCUGGUCGUACCGCAAUCCAUCUGUAUCUUAAACUGGGGCACUUGAUUCCAGGUGGUACUGCAAUUGGUAUCAGUAAGGUGGGUGAAUGUAAUAAUUCGUUCAGAGUGGACAACUAUUGGCUAUUAUGGAAGGUAUCUGAGGAUGUGAAUGUGUCCAUCAGUUCAUAA